UGCACGUGGCUAGAGGGCAACCAGUGCAAAUGGCCCAGGCGUCCUGCCCACACAGUAGACAAAAUGGUCAAAAAAGCUCUCUCUCCUGGUGAAAACUAUGAACUGCUGGACGUUCAAGUUAAAGGAGUAUUCGUGAGCUGGACAGAAGCUAGAAAAAUGCUUCCUCUCGCAGAAUACCAGUCUGACCUGAAUGAAGCAGCCUUGCCCCCUAAAAGAAUAAGGCGUCCAAGGGUCUUUAGUGACGAUGAGGAUGACAACUACCCUGCUGUCCCGCACUCUUUUCUUGCAAGAGCAAGCUCAGAAGGUCGGCCACCUUCACAGGCACCAGUGCUUUCAUCUGAGAAGACUGUAUCAAAUGCAGAGAAGCCCCCUGCAAGACGUUCAGCAGCUGACCCAUGCCACUCUCUGUCACAAUAGUCGUGUUCAGUCCAAAGUAUUCCAAGGAACGAACGACACACGCAAUGCCACCAAAAGUCUCUUGCGCCAUUGCUUUCAGGUCAGACUGGUGAGCGCACUGGAAGCCAGCAAACUGCGAAUGUCACUGAACAAGCAAUAGAUGAUCCACAGCUGGAUUUCCUUUCCAUUGAGGGAGGGCUCUCUGAGGCUGUUGACGACACGACAGACUUCGAGAGUGUACAUUCCCAAGAGUCAGUGGCAGCCGGAGCACAACUACGAGGCCAGAGACGUCAGGGGAUGCCAGACUAUGAUUUUCAACACGUAGUGCUGAAGAACUUGAAUAUAAUAAGACUCGUUCUCCAGCAACAAGGGGAGCUGUUGUCCAGCCUUAUUCCUCCUCAGCCUUCGUAAACAGAAGCUGUAAAGCUGCUUGAGGGCCCAUUGGAAUCUACCGAUCAACUUCAACAAUUUGAAGAG